AAAAGAAAAAAUAUUUAUAAUGCCUCAAGAAAAAGGUGAGAGAAGAAAUCGUGGACAUCACUCAAAUAAAAACAAAAUUAAUGUUGGAGAUAAGGGAAGAGAAAUUUUGGAAAGUAUAGACGAAAAUAAUUUGGUUAUACAACAGUUUAGAGGAUAUUCCAACGAAUUGGAUAUGAAGCAUGAUAAAUUUGAAAAGCUCGUUAAAAUAAGUCGAGAUAUUACGAUAGAAAGUAAGAGAAUAAUAUUCCUUUUACAUACAUUAGAUAAAGAAAGUAAAAGAGAGGCAGUACUUGGAGAAGCCAAAUUGAGAUUCGAAAAUAUGGGAAAAACUCUUUUUAAAAAUAUUGCAUACGAGUUAGAUGGACAGGAUAUUUAUCAAUAUCUUAGAGCAUAUAAACCUGGCCUUGAAGAAUAUGUAGAAGCAAUCACGUUCUUUCAAUAUUUACAAUGCGGUUUUAUGCAAGAUUGGACUGAAUUAGAAAAGUCAUUGGUUUAUACUGAAACAGACAAAUCUAAAUUAAGUUUGGAAAACUCUUUGCAACCAACACAAAUGACACGAAUGUUAAUCACUCCGAAUGAAUAUAUCAUGGGUAUAGCAGAUUUAACUGGAGAACUAAUGCGAAAGUGUAUAAAUAAUUUAGGAACAGGAGAUAUAACUAGUUGUUACCAAACUUGUAAUUUUGUUAGAAAUAUGCACAAAGGAUUUCUAGGGUGUACCAAUGUUUUUAAUAAAGACAUGAGUAAAAAACUUUAUACGUUAAAACAAAGUUUAACUAAAAUGGAAAAUGUUUGUUAUACGAUCAAAGUAAGAGGAUCAGAAAUACCUAAACAUAUGUUGGCGGAUGUUGCAAUUGGAGCUGCAGAGGAUUAUAUGGCGGAUGAAGAUGAAGGAUAUCAAGUUUAAUAAAAAAUAAUAAAAAAUAUGUAAAAUCUAAUUAUGUAUCUAUUAUCUUUGCAUUUAAGUAGUAAUAAUAAUAAUAAUAAUGUGUGUGAUAAAUAUAUAAUAUCUUAUAUCUAUAUUUACACAUUCAACAAACAUUACUUUCAUAGUAAAUAAUAAUAUUAAUUUUUUUUUUGCAUAAUUUAAACGAAUAAAAACAAUUCAUUGAAUGUAAAAAUAUUUCUUUGUUAUUCUUCCUAGAUCAAAAUAGUGAAAUUUUAUGUAUAUCAACAAUUAUAAUAUCGCUAAU